AUGUUUCAAUCACUUCGAGUUUCUGCGCGUGUUCCCGCUCGUCUGGUACGAUGGAAUUCGACUGCCACUCCAGUUCUACCGCCAUUGAUGGCUACUUUGCGGACUGAUCUGAAAAAUGCCAUGAGAGCGAAAGACACCACCAGACUUAAUGUGCUUCGCGCUUUGAUUUCCGAGACCAACAAUGCCGCCAAAACCUCUUCUCCUAUUCAGACCGACAUUCAACUAUUGUCGCUCAUUCGGAAACGCUUGAAUGCGACCAAGGAUGCGGCCAAGGAGUUUGAGGCUGCUGAGCGCCCUGAUCUGAAGGAGAAGGAGGAUGCACAAGCUGUUGUAUUAGAGGAAUACGCUGGCCAGGUCAAGACCAUGCCCAUUGCUGAGAUCACCGAGGUGGUCGUCAAUGAGAUCAACGCAUUGAGUAACGCCGGCAGCAAGCCCAACCAGGGAGCCAUCCUCAAGGCUCUGUUUGCCAAGGGAGGUCCCUUGGAUGGCAAGCCAGUCGACCGCCGAGAGGUGGCUGACGAAGUGAAGAAGACACUCUCUUGA